ACAUGGCCACAAAUCAACACCAAACACACAAUUAUUUAUAAACGAAAGCAAAUCUCUUUUUAACUAAAAUAACAUAUACUAACAAAAACAGUUCAUAAAAUAUGUCUGCUAAUCAUUACUAACAUUCCAUAUAUGUACGCCCCACCUCCUACCUUACCAAAUAUUCGAUUUUGUUUGAUUUCUUGAAGUUGGUUUUUGUUAUAUUGAAUUAGUAAUGGCGGUGGAGAAAGAAACAGCACAGUUUUUGUUGGAUGAUGAGGGUGAUGAUAGUGGAGAUAUUGAAGUGAAUAAUAAGUUUGAGAGUAGCAGCAGUAGCAGUAGCAGUGGAGACGAGGGUGAUGAGAGAUUCUCUUCUCAGCAAUGGCCUCAGAGUUUUAGAGAAACAGUUGAUUCGUACACAAUCUCAAUGUCACCGAGUUUGAGACUUGUUGGACGACAACAAAGUUAUCAAUAUUCAAGUCUUGAAAACUAUAAUACAAGUAUUUUAGAGAAUGAUACAAAGUCUCCGUUUCUCUCCGAGUAUGAAAACAAUUAUGAUAAGGAAGACUCUGAUAGAAUCUCAUCAGCAGCGCAGUUGUCGUUCUCAAAAGCUUCGUUCGCUAGUGGCGAAUUACCCCUUCCUCAUGGAUGCAGCUUCACACAGACUGUAUUUAACUCGGUUAAUGUAAUGGUUGGGGUCGGGCUUCUUUCCACACCGUCUACAAUGAAAGAAGCAGGCUGGGCAAGUUUGAUAGUGUUAGCUCUUUUCGCAUGUGUUUGCUGUUACACAGCUAAUCUUAUGAGACAUUGCUUUGAGAGCAGAGAUGGCAUUGUAACCUAUCCGGACAUAGGAGAAGCUGCUUUCGGGAGAUGCGGACGUCUUGCUGUUUCUAUCAUUCUGUACAUAGAAUUAUAUUCAUAUUGCGUCGAAUUCAUCACUCUUGAGGGAGAUAAUCUCACGAGGCUAUUUCCUGGAACGUCAUUGGAUUUAGGCGGUUUACAUCUCGACUCUAUGCACUUCUUCGGAAUCCUAACGGCUCUUCUUGUUCUUCCAACAGUUUGGCUAAGGGAUCUCCGUGUCAUCUCCUACCUUUCAGCUGGUGGGGUUUUAGCAACAAUUUUGAUCGUUGUUUGUGUGCUUUUCCUUGGUACGGCAGGCGGAGUUGGAUUUCAUCAUACGGGUCCAGCUGUGAGGUUGAGUGGCAUUCCGUUUGCAAUUGGUGUCUAUGGAUUCUGUUAUUCUGGCCACUCCGUUUUUCCAAAUAUCUAUCAAUCAAUGGCUGAUAAGAGAAAUUAUACGAAGGCGGCAAUUAUAUGCUUUAUAUUGUGCUUUCUGUUUUACGGGGGCGUCGCUGUCAUGGGAUUUCUCAUGUUCGGUGAUGAAACACUGUCUCAGAUAACAUUGAAUAUGCCGCAGAAUGCCAUCACUUCCAAGAUCGCAUUGUGGACUACUGUUAUCAAUCCUCUUACCAAAUAUGCACUGUUGAUGAAUCCAUUGGCGAGGAGCAUAGAGGAGCUACUUCCGCUUGGAGUAUCAAAUAGUUUAUGGUGCUUCGUUCUUCUAAGAACAUCCCUCGUCUUCUCUUCUGUUUGCGUGGCGUUUCUUGUUCCCUUUUUCGGUCUAGUAAUGGCGUUAAUUGGCUCUGUUCUCUGUCUACUCGUGGCCGUAAUCAUGCCAUCACUAUGCUUUCUGAGGAUAAAGGGGAAGAAAGCUACAAGGACACAGUUUGUUUUGAGCAGCACAAUCGCUACAGUGGGCAUAAUUUGUGCAAUCUUGGGAGGGUACUCUUCUUUGUCAGAAAUUGUGAAGCAGUACUAAACACAAAACAAUUCUUGCUCAGCAAUGAUGAUAAAUCCAUGUGUUUUUGCUGAGAAUUUGUGAUUUUGAAUGUGACAUAACACUACAUUAGAUGUAGUCUUUAAGAAACUAUAUCAUUUAGUUCAAUUUAUUUUGCUUUUAAUU